CAGAUGGACUCACAGAACCAUUUAUAACAGGUCUGACAUAAGAUUUCUUUUGAUAACUUCAAUAUUUGAGAGAUAUACUAAAGAUUUCAACAUGCAACUUAUUCAUCCAUAAGUCAUACAAGUCAUAUAUUUACAAAAUCGACGAAAACUUUUCUGGAAAUCUAUUGGGAAAAUUGUUGUUUCACACAUCUCUAACAUUUCUUUGAUGAUAGAAUAAUUCUCUAUAAAGCACAUAAAACAUUCAUAGAUGAAUCUAAGACUCUUCUCUCUCAAACACUGAUAUUUUGUUAUUUUUUUGUAGCUUUUUACAGUUCGAUGUUACCAAACAAGAUAACAGAAGCUUAUUCAUUGUUUGCAUGUGCUCAGAACGCUGGAGCUGUCAUCGUUUUUCUUUAUAUAUCCAAAUUGCGUGUUCGUACACAAAUUACUCUUGGACUUGUUUAUCUUAUAUUGUUAUUGCGAUUAAACAGCACAGAACUUCAACAAAUGAUGAUAACCACACCUGUGUUCCUGACAAGAUAACAACGGUUCCUUCGAAACAUGCAACAUCAUUACAUCAAUGCUGAAAUUUUCGUUGAAUAUGUCGUUACUAUGAAAAUAAAAAACAUCUUUAUAUUUAUUACUUUAUAAUAUAUAUUUUUGCUUAUAUAAAUUUGAUUACAAAAUAAAAUAUGUUGACCGUGUUCAGACACUUAUAGAUUCUAACAAAGUAUAUAAAUGAAAGAAAUAUAUUGUAACAUGAAUAUUAAUAAGGAUAAAAAUAUGAUCAGAAGUGUUCAAAAACAUUUGUUUCAUAAAAUCGAUAAGAUUAGUUAGCGUUUUAUUAAUAAUAUACACGUUGUAUACUUAUAUGUGUUUAAUGAAUUUUUUCAAGAUGAGGAACAAUCUAAGUUUGAAGCUAUUCAGAAAACCUGUUGCCUAGAAAACUAAUAAAAUUGAAAUCAAUAAUUUUUCUUUGUUAUUAUUGUACUUUUACUGAUUGAAACAAGUUUCUCAAAUAUUCAUACAUUAUCGCUGUUUGAUCUUCUUUUUCAAAUAGUCUACAGAACGAAAAAUACGCAACGUAUAGAAAAAAAAAAGUAUUGGUAAAACGAACGGCGAGACCUUAUAUAAUAAAGCACAUGUGCUUCUCUUUCUUAUGAUUAUUUUUUUGUCACAUAAACGCGACGAUUAUAUACAAUAUGGACGAGACCCAGCAAACAUCAGUUAGUAUUUUUAUUGAUCAAGAAAGUGAUAGAAGCUUGUCCAAUACACAAAAAAUUUCUCUUAGGAGUUUACCAGAGUGUAAAAUAAUUUAUUUUAUUUAUAAACUAAAUUUAAUCAAUAUAAAAUCCACCGACUUCAAAACAAAUUUUUAGAAAAAUAUGAGUUUCACUUUUACUGAGCUCUUUUAACUAGCUUAUAUACUUAUUAUUUAGCAUCAAAAUGUAAAACAACGUGUAAUAAUUAUACAUGGUAGUGCGAUAUCACCUGGAAUUAUUAACCGACAUUGGUAUAAAUGGUUACAAACAGAAUUAUUAAAAUUAGACAUAGAUGCACUUGCACCAGCAAUGCCUGAUGAAAGAGAAGCAAAAGAUUCUAUAUGGAUACCAUAUCUAAUAAAUAAUUUAAAUGUCAAAGAAAAUGAUAUUUUAGUUGGACAUAGUUCAGGUGCUAUGGCUAUUUUACGAUUAUGCGAACAGAUGAAAAUCAAAGGUUUAAUAUUAGUAUCA